AGAUAAUUAAUACUUUAAUUAGUGUGCUGACCACAAAACAAGCCCUGUCACUGUACAAACUGCAAUCAAUCAACUGUAGGCUAGCUACGAUGGCUGCACCGAGAUCUAGACGUCGACCAAUCUGUGGACUGAUUAUCAAGCAAACUGAGAAGCCCAUUCCUCUCAAAGAAGUGUCUGUGGAGGCAGAAGUUAAAGCAUGUCUUCUAGGACUCAAGUCAGUAUUGAAGUACACCAACGACUCCUCUGAUCCAGUAGAGGUGCUGUUCAGAUUCCCAGUGGAGGACUCCAGUGCAGUGGUGGGACUCACCGCUAUUAUUGAUGGUCGCAGAAUCAAGGCCGACAUUAAAGAGAAAGAGGAGGCCAGAGCUACCUACGAUGACGCCAUUGCUAGUGGACAAUCGGCUGCUCUUGGGGAGGAGAAGAAAGGAGACAUCUUUAGCAUCACUUUAGGAAACUUGCCUCCUCAGAAAGAUGCCGAGAUUCACCUCCAAAUGGUUGCAGAGCUACCGAUCGAUGCAGAAGACAAUAUUCGAUUCUCCCUCCCCUCUGUCUUUAAGCCACGCUACACUCCGGCUGGAUCUAGUGACCCACUUGCCGAUGUGUCAGAUUCUGGCUCUCAAGUUUCCUCUGCCCAAAUUGCCGGCUACAAUAGCUUCAAACUGAACAUUCUAGAACCCCAAGGCAUCGCAACGAUCGUCUCCCCCACCCACACUCUCAAUCGCACUGACAGAGCAGACAAGAUCGAAGUGACUCUUAGUGACCAGAAGCCGGCUGAUAAAGACUUGGUGGUUCUCAUCCAGCACAAGGAGCCCCAUCAGCCGAGUGCAGUAGUGGAGGAUGGAAACUCAAAGGAUACAGGCUUCAUGAGCCAGAAAGCUGUCAUGGUCAAUUUCUUUCCCAAAUUCGAACAAUUGGAAAAUGACUGUGAAUUCAUCUUCCUUGUGGACAGGAGUGGUAGCAUGAGCGGACAGUUCAUCCAGAGUGCCAGUGAAACUCUCAUUCUCUUCAUGAAAAGUUUGCCUGAGAAUUGCUACUUCAAUAUUGUUGGUUUUGGAUCACGUUACGAACAGCUAUUUCCUGAAGUCAGUGUUCCUUACUCGCAGUCGACUCUGGACAAAGCAGUGGCACACCUAACUGGAUUGCAGGCCAAUUUAGGAGGAACUGAACUUCUUAGUCCGUUGGAUUUCAUUCUCAAGUCUAAGCCUCAAGGUGGUCUGUCUCGCCAAGUAUUUGUGCUCACUGAUGGUGCUGUCAGCAACACUGAUGCCUGUGUGCAGAAGGUGAAGCAAAACAAUAGCAGUGCAAGGUGUUUCACGUUUGGUAUAGGGUCUGGUGCGUCCACUGCUCUGGUGGAGGGGCUAGCUCGUGCUGGCAAUGGAAGUGCAGAGUUUGUUAAAGAAGGGGAACGUCUACAGCCAAAGGUGAUUCGUAGUUUGAAGAGAGCCCUGCAACCCGCCCUGACAGAUGUGAGUCUGGAAUUCAAAAUUGACGGAAAGCCUGAAAUUCUCCAGUGUCCGCAAACCUUGCCUCCAAUCUUUGCUGGAGAGAAGUUGGUGAUCUAUGCACUUGUCAAGGCAAAGAGUGAUAAACUGACAGGAAAGGCCGUACUCAAAGGAAAACUGCUACAGAAAUCGAUCUCUGACACAGUAGUAUUCAAGUCUGGAGCUGGGGAGGUGUCGCCAGUUUCAACAGUGCAUCACCUUGCGGCUAAGGCCCUCAUAAAAGACUGGGAGCGCGAGAGAAAAGAUUCUAAAGAGAUUGUGAAGCUGAGUGUUGAGUCGAGCGUGAUAUCCUCCCACACCGCCUUCAUUGCAGUGGACGAGGAGAACUUGAAACCUAUCGAAGGCGCUCUGCAAUCGUUUGAUGUCCGAGCUCAAUAUCCCUAUUCUCGUAGUCGUAUGAUGAUGGACAGGAGGAGUGCACCACUAGCGAUGAGUGGACCACCAGGGAUGAGUGGACCACCAGGUGGAGGUGGAGGUGGGGGAAGAGGCGGAGUGAAUAAAAAGAAAUUUACACAAUUUAGGAGUGCUGCUCCUGCACGAAGAAUGGCUUCUGAAUGUAGCAGUGGUCCCCCUCCAAUGAAGUGCAUGGCCUCAAUGGCUAGUGGACCACCACCCCCUCCGAUGAUGGCCCCAAUGUUUGGUGGACCACCCCCUCCUCCGAUGGCCCCCUCAAUGUCUGGUGGACCACCCCCUCCUCCGAUGGCAUCUCGAUAUAUUGACUUGUCUUCGUCUAGCGGACCACCACCACCAAAUUCAUCCUCCAUUGUGGUUGUUAGCCUUUCUUCAAUAAUUGGAGCCCAGCAAGCGGACGGCUCGUGGAAGAUGAACGCUGCUCUGGCUCGAUUCGUGGGGAAGACGCUUGAAGAAGUUGAGAGUGGAUGUCCGACUGAGUGUCAAGGUGUGACAGCGUUGCUCUGGGCUACCCUGCUGAUACUGGAGCUACUGCACACACAGUACGAUGAUGAUAUGGAGGAGUGGGAGUUGGUGGGAGCCAAGGCUGAGACCUGGACCAAGAAACAAAGCAUCCCCAGCGGAGAUACCACGCUGGACAGUAUGAAGGCCGCUGCAAAGAAACUGUUGGCCUAACUGGAAACUGUUAGUGAAUGAUUUAGUAACAAGUUGCAAACUAUUAUAGCUAGCUUAUUGCGAAGCUCAGAAGUAGAGUUAUAUAUAGCUAGUGUUUUUCCUUUAUUUGAAUUCUUUUGACGAGUAGAUCUACGUACAGUGUGGUACACUACACAAUUUGACAAUAUAAAUUAUUCAAUUAUCACA